AAUUGUUGCCCUUUUUAAAAAAAAAACACACACACACCAUGGUCCGUAGAGGAACUGCGUUACCUUUCCAAGGGGAAGACAACGAAGAAUACAAUAUAUAUGGUAGUGCUACCUGCUCCGUGGAUCCCAGCUCAUUUCAUAAGAUGCCCUGUCUGUUGCUUUAUAGCUGAUCUGUCGUCAUACAAAUGCUCAUUUGGGAGAGUGAGAUGUGAUGGUGUAGUUGAAUCCAUGUGUGAUGUGACAGAAAUAUGCCAUAUAAAUAGUAAUGAUGACCCUUCAAGAGCUUGUUCAGAUGGCAGCCCAUUUAUAUCCUGCAAGAAGAGCAGUGUGCUUUGAUGCGUGCAGCAGUCAAACUCCUGUUACCUACACAUAUAAGACAGUUGUUGAAGUAGCCAUGAACCUAACAGAUUUCUUGAGGAAACAUUGUACUGUCACUGGAAGUUCUGAGGUUGGCCUCUACUGCUACCCAGGGAUAAAUCUGCCUUCUUGGAUUAUAGGAAUUCUCCAACUACCAGCUGCAUAUUCUGUGAUUGAUCCAGAUGCUCUUCCAAAUUUGUCAGCUCAUUUUAUGAAAAAAUGUAAUUUCCAAUAUGUUCUUGUUGACAAAGACCAAGUGAAUAAAUUCACAGUAGCACAUGGACACUGGUUUAGUCAUAAUUCCCUUGAAGUACAGAAUGUUGGCUUAUUCUUUUUCAAAAAAAGAGAGCGUGAUGUGGAUGCAAAACGGCUGGCAGAACAUAAAGAUAAUAAUGAUAAAAUUUGUGCAGUGGCAACUAUCAUGGAGUCGCAUGCCUUGGACCAACAUCUGUCAAAAUCAUCGGAGGAGCUGUUGGAUAUCAGACAAAAACAUUCCAUAGCAUACAUCUUGCAUACAUCUGGAACAACUGGACUCCCUAAAAUUGUCAAAGUGCCUCAUAAAUGCAUAGUACCAAAUAUUGUACAUCUUCGAGAUGUGUUCAAAAUUACACCAGACGAUACGGUAUUUCUGGCCUCUCCAUUAACAUUUGAUCCAUCUGUCAUUGAGCUGUUCAUUGCUCUCUCGAGUGGGGCUUCUCUUCUUAUAGUACCUCAACAAAUUAAAAUGAUGCCACAGAAAUUAUCAGAGGUUCUCUUUCAGCGUCACAGUGUGUCUGUAGUACAGGCUACACCAACACUUCUUAGAAGAUUUGGAGUUCAGUGUAUUAAAUCAACUGUGUUAUCUGCACAUUCUUCGCUCCGAAUCCUAGCUUUGGGUGGAGAAGCAUUCCCUGGACUGAAUGUGUUGAGAAGCUGGAAAGAAAAGGGAAAUAGAACACAUAUCUUUAAUAUCUAUGGUAUUACAGAAGUCUCUUGCUGGGCCACAUGCUACAAGGUUCCUGAGGAGUUUUUUAGUGCUGAUCAUCGAUUUGAUUUGAUGGUGCCACUGGGAACUCCACUAUUGGGAACAACUGUUGAAGUCAAAGAUGCAAAUGGUUCUGCCAUUUUGGAAGGGGAAGGCCAGGUGUUUAUAGGAGGUAAAGAGCGUGUCUGUUUUCUUGAUGAUGAAGUAACACUGCCUAUGGGAACAAUGAGAGCAACUGGAGACUUUGUAAGAGUAAAAGAUACCGAGAUGUUUUUCUUGGGACGAAAGGACAAUCAAAUAAAACGUCAUGGCAAGCGUCUUGAUAUUCAGCAAGUACAGCAGAUUGUAGAAGAUCACAGUGAAGUUGAAAGCUGUGCUGUGAUAUGGUAUCAGGAGAAAAAACUAAUUUUGUUUGUUGUGCCAAAAGGCAUUUUGGAACGAAGACACUUUUUAAAUAAUCUCCAGAAAUGUCUUCCUGGUCAUGCAGUUCCAGAUGAGCUUUUGCUGAUUGAGAUUUUGCCAUUUACAUCACAUGGCAAAAUUGAUGUGUCUGAGCUGAACAAGGUUUACAGUGAUCAUCUGAGCUCCAGAAGAAAUAAGAGGAAGCUGAGCAGAAAAGAAUUGUGGGAGGGAUUGCAGUAUUUAUGGAAGUCUCUUCUGAAUCUUCCAGAUGAUUCUAGCAGCAUUUUGAAAGAUUCAUUGUUUUUACACAGUGGUGGGGAUUCCUUAAAAUCAUUACAGUUCCAAGAAGAGAUUGAAUAUAUGGUAGGCAGAGCAGUCCCCAGCCUCCUGGAAGUGAUUCUGAGUCGCUCCUUUGAAGAGGUGUACCAGCAUGUCCUAAAAACAGUGUUCCCAAGCAAGGGCCUACAAUUAAGCUGUCAUGGUGCUGUAAAGAGAAAACUGAGUGAAAGUAGCACAGAGGACUGCAGCGCAAAAUGUGUGGAGCCAAAAUCUGAAAGGUCAUUGAGUGCUAAGCCAGACCCAGUUGGAUUUAUGGCAGUAAAUCGAGGAAACCGGUUGUUUUCUGUUGAUGCACUUCUGAAGAAUCAGAGUAAUCCAGAACAAGGAGAGGACAGUGCCAUUUUGAAGAGCAUGCAUGAUGUAACAGCUACCAGCAGUGCAUAUGUAACAGAACUUGAUUCUUUUGGGACACCACCUGUGCAAGAGAAUUUGGGAAGAACAGCAGAGAAGUGGACAUUGAACAUAAGAUGGAGAUCAGAUCUUGGCAAGUGUGUAGAUGCGUCUCCGCUAGUUGUAAUAUCAACUGCUGACAAGUUAUCUGCUUUUGUUUAUAUUGGGUCCCAUUCUCACAUAAUUCAAGCAAUUGAUUUAUACUCGGGAAAAGUUAAGUGGAUGAGAACCCUCAGAGAUCGUAUUGAGUCCUCUGCCUGCAUAUCUAAAUGUGGCAACUUCAUCAUUGUUGGAUGCUACCAUGGAUUCAUAUAUGUACUCAGAAGCAGUGAUGGGGAAGUGCACUGGACAUUUAAAACUGAGGAUGCUGUGAAAAGUUCUCCAGCUGUAGAUCAUUCCACAGGACUAGUCUUCAUUGGGUCUCAUGACCAGCAUGUAUAUGCUUUAGAUAUUUAUAAAGAAGAGUGUGUUUGGAAGUUGCACAGUGAAGCUGGAGCUGUGUUUUCUUCUCCUCAUCUAAGUCUAUUACCAUAUCAGUUAUAUAUUGGUACGCUUGGAGGACUGUUGCUAGCUAUAAAUCCUGUUACGGGGAACAGAAUUUGGAAGCAUUUUUGUGGAAAACCUAUCUUCUCAUCUCCACAUUGUGACAAGAACUAUGUGUUUGUUGGAUGUGUGGAUGGAAAUUUAUAUUGCUUUAAUCACUCUGGAGAAAAGGUUUGGCAGUUUUCCAGCAACGGACCAAUUUUUUCAUCGCCCUGUGUUUCCAGUUGUGCCAGUGAGAUAUUCUUUGGCUCUCAUGACUGCUGUGUUUACUGCUGUAAUAAGGAAGGCCAACUGGUGUGGAAGUUUGAAACCACUUCAGCUGUGUAUGCAACACCAUUUGUUUUCCACAGUCAUGAUUCGGAAGAUAAAACACUUUUGGCAGUGGUGUCUACAGAUGGCAGAAUAUGGAUCCUGAACACUAAAACUGGUUUUGUAGAAGGCACAGAGAAACUUCCAGGAGAAGUGUUCUCGUCUCCUGUGGUAUGGGGGUCAGCAAUUGUUGUAGGUUGUAGAAAUAAUUUUGUUUAUUGCUUAGAUAUAUGUAUAUCUAAAACCAAUAAAACUGCCUAAAAAUGG